AUGAUAGAUGCUGUCUUCAUUAGAUGUUUCAAAAGUUAUUGCAGCAGUGAACAUACUUGGACAUCUACAAUUGUGGAGUAUGCUUCAACUGUACAGCGGGCUGUACAGUCUGGGAAUGUUAACCUCAAAGACAGAUUGACCAUUGAGUUGCAUGCGGAUGGACGACAUGGCAUUGUGAGAGUGGAUCGUGUUCCUCUAGCAGCAAAGCUGGUUGACCUGCCUUGUAUCAUAGAAAGUCUGAAAACUAUUGACAAGAAGACAUUUUAUAAAACUGCAGACAUUAGUCAGAUGUUAGUAUGUACACUGGAUGGUGAUCUUUAUCCUCCUCUAGAAGAGCCAGCUGGCAUAGUAGAUCCAAAAAACAAAAAGAAGGACAAAGACAAGGAGAAGAAGUUCAUUUGGAACCAUGGCAUUACUGCACCUCUGAAGAAUGUCAGGAAACGAAGGUUCAGAAAAACUGCGAAGAAAAAGUAUAUUGAAUCUCCGGAUGUUGAAAAGGAAGUGAAGAGACUGCUGAGUACAGAUUUAGAAGCGGUCAGUGUCCGUAUCCUUUCAGAACACAAUUGCUUCCUUAUUGCUCGGAAAGUCAUGGUGACUCUCAGGGCUAACCCAUCUUUCAUGCCUAAGGAAAUUGAGCUGUUCAUCUUCUCACCUAAUGCCCCAGUCCCCAACACGGGAGUCGUCAUCAAUUGUGCUGUCUCUUUUGUACUUAUUGUGUGCUAUUUUUGUUUCUCUGUAGUGGAGCAUGAUGAGUUGAGAGAAAUCUUUAAUGAUAUUAGUAGCAGCAGUGAAGAUGAAGAAGAUGAGGGUGAUCGCCACGAUGAUGAAGACCUCAAUAUCAUGGACACAGAAGAAGACCUAGAGAGACUUCAGGAUAAAAUGAAUGAUUCAGAUGGACAAGAUCAAGAGAAAGACCGUCCAAACCAGAUAGUACUUGACUUCCAGAAACAAAUUGAUCAUCUAAAAUCUAAACUGCUUGAAACCCAAGAGAAGAGGAAACGACAAGAAGACCUUAUCAUGAAGGUGGAGAAUGUGGCCCUUAAGACCAGAUUACAGUUGGCACUCGAUGAACUUAAGCAGCAGGAGGAGAGAGAGAAACAACAGUUGGCCUCACUAAAUGAACAGCUGGAGUCACUGUUGGAGAAGUAAAAGGUUGGUGUCUCUCAGAGGACGUGGGCAUGCAAAUGAAGUGGUAAACUCACUGAUGGAUGUAGGUGAAUGGUUGAGAUUCUCGUCUGUCCUUCAGGGAAGAACUGUCAUAUUUCUACACCAUUAGGAACAACAGGCAUCAUUCUGUUUGGGGCAUGCCAGUCUCUCUGGCAAUCCCGAUGUUUUCCCCAAAACAGCAUAGCAUGUAGUGCUCCACAGCAGAAGAUCAUGUGAUGUGUAUGAUUUCAGUGCUAUUAAAAUUACAGUAAUAGAGUUCAGUAUGUUUUUUGUGCUCACUUUCUGCUAAUAAAGUUUCUAAUUAAUUUUGUA